GAUUUGGCAUGCGCAAUGGAGUUGGCGUGGUUUUGAACAUGUGCUACACGCUUCUAUGUUUUGGAUUGCGUUUCCUUGUGUAGUGCAAACAGUGCGGUAUGUCUCGAAUAAUAGUGAAAAACCUUCCAAAACGGGUAAACGAAGAGAGGCUGCGUCAGCACUUUUCAACAAAAGGUGUAAUUACUGACCUGCAAUUGAAGUACACCAAGGAAGGAGUAUUCCGGAGAUUUGCAUUCAUCGGAUUCCAAAAGGAGGAGGCGGCGCAAUCCGCCAAGCAGUUCUUCCAUGGCACUUAUCUGGACACAUCAAAGUUAGAGGUUGACGUGUGCCGUCCCUUGGGAGAUGCAGAGAAACCGAGAUCUUGGAGCAAGUACUCCCACGAUAGUUCUGCGUACCAGAAAUUGCAUCCAGAAGAGGUCAAGCCCCAAAAGAAAGAACCAGCAAAACCAAAAAAUGCGAACUUUGCGAAGUCUUUCCUGCAAGAUCUCGAAGACAAUGAAGAGUUCGAAGAGUUCCUUGAAGUCCACAAGAAGAAAGGCAACAAGGCAAUUUGGAGCAACGACGCCAUUGCCGCAGAUGCCCAGGCUGCAAAGCUGAACAAGGAACAAUGCAACGAGGAAAAGUCUUCCGAAGGCAAAGAUGAAGGUUACGAUACUUUCCCAGAAGAUAAGGACGGCAAACCCAAGGGAAAGGGAGCUGUCAGCCGCGUGGAAAUACAAGACGAGAAGGAGGAGGAUGUACCCGAGUCGAAGCCGAGUCUUCCGCAGGAAGAAUACAAGUUUAAUAUCAAGGUGAAAGGGCUGCCCUAUAACAGCAAAAAGAAACAAAUCAAGGACUUUUUCAAGCCUGCCAAGGUUGCCAGUUUAAGGGUUCCACCAAAAGUCAAAGGGAUAGCGUAUUUAGGUUUCAAAACAGAAAAGGACAUGAAGCAAGCACUGAAUAAGCAUAAAAGCUUUAUGGGUGGCCGCAGGUUGGACGUGAAAGUUUACAACAAGAAAGUGGUUCAACAGAAACAGUGGAAACAGUUUCCCGGCCUAGAAGACCCAACAGAAACAUUAGCAGACACUGGUAGAAUUUACGUUCGGAAUCUGUCAUACACCGUCACCGAGGACGACAUUGACGACCUCUUCAAGCGUUACGGCCCACUCUCGGAAGUCCACUUGUCAAUGGACAAAUUUACGAGAAAACCUAAGGGGUUUGCCUUCGUGACAUUCCUUUUUCCGGAGCACGCUAUCAAAGCCUUUUCUGAACUGGACGGCAAACUACUUCAGGGCCGCUUGUUACACCUGUUGCCCUCCAAGUCGAAACCAUCGGAAGAAGACAACGAAAGCAGUGGACCCGCUAACUACAAGGAAAAGAAAGCGGCGCAACAAAAAAAGACAAGUGGUAGCUCGCACAACUGGAACACACUUUUCCUCGGCGCGAAUGCUGUGGCCGAUGUGAUGGCAGAACGGUACGACACCACCAAGGAGGAACUACUUGGAACGGAGAGAGGCGACAGUGUUGCUGUGCGGAUGGCUCUCGGAGAAACCCAAAUCGUCAACGAAACACGAAGCUUCCUCGAGAAACAGGGUGUACAGUUGGAUGCCUUUAGCCGUCCAGCAGUACAACGUAGCAAGACAGUCAUCCUGGUCAAGAACUUGCCUGCAAGGACCAAGCAGGAAGAACUGCGAUCGACGUUUGCUAAGUUUGGAGUGCUGAGUCGGGUUGUGCUGCCACCCUGCGGCAUCACGGCAUUGGUGGAAUUUCAGGAGCCCACGGAGGCCCGGACAGCGUUCAGACGUCUUGCUUACUCCAAGUUUAAGGACUCACCCCUCUACCUCGAGUGGGCUCCCACAAAUGUGUUUUCAAAGCCAGCAUUGCACGUGGAUAAGAGCGAAGAAGAUGCGACGGAGAAGGAUGAAGCUGUGAAAGGAAGCGAGGAAGGCGAGAAUCAAGGUGGUGAAAGCGGCAACGAAGCAGAACUGCCUCCUGCUGAGCCUGAUUCAACCCUAUUUGUCAAGAACCUCAACUUUGCCACAAUAGAAGAUUCCUUAAGAAGGCACUUCAAGUCAUGCGGUACCAUCUUGGAAGUUACCAUAGCUACGAAGAAAGACCCAAAGAACAUAGGACAGCAUCUGUCUAUGGGUUACGGCUUCGUACAGUUCCAGAAAAAGAAGUAUGCCAAAAAAGCGCUGAAAGAGCUGCAGCGGUCGCAGCUGGAUGGCCAUGCUCUCGAGUUGAAAAUCUCAAAGAGGGAAACCCAAGAGAGCCAUGUACAGCAACGAAAAGCAGUGAACAUUGGAAAAGGCGGCACAAAGAUUCUGGUUCGAAACGUUCCAUUCCAAGCAUCCAAAAAGGAAAUUACUGAGCUGUUCAACGUGUUUGGAACACUGAGAGAUGUGAGGCUGCCGAAGAAGAUGGCUGGAACUGGGAAGCACCGAGGUUUCGCCUUUGUGGACUUCCUUGCCAAAAAUGAUGCAAAGAGAGCUUUCCAGGCCUUGUGUCAGAGCACUCACCUCUACGGGCGCCGUCUGGUGCUAGAGUGGGCCUCCACAGACGAUGACGAUGUCGAUGAACUACGCCGGAAAACAGCCGAACACUUUAUCAGUGGUCCGUCCAAGAAACGUCUGAAAAAGUCGGAGCUUCAGGCCACCCUCGAUGCACCUCCUGCGGAACACGACGGAGACAGCAGUUAAAAGUAAUUAUAAUAAUAAUAAUAAUAAAAAACGCAAAUACGCA